AAAAAGAGUGCGGGCGAGAGAGAGAGAGAGGAGUGGGUAAGACAAAACCUCGAAAACGAAGGCCAACAGAAACUCUCUGCAAAAUCUAACGUUUGGCUUCUCUCUCUCUCCGAAAUCAUGGGUUCUUCGUCGGUGCCUAACGGCGAUAUCGCCACUGGAAACUUGCCGGUGCCCGGCCGGGUGGCGUCGGUGUACAGCGAAGUGCAGAACAGUCGUCUCGACCACUCUCUACCUCUCCCUUCUGUCCUCAAAAGCGCCUUCAAGGUUAUUGAUGGCCCUCCUAGCUCCGCCGCCGGCAAUCCAGAUGAGAUCGCGAAGCUGUUUCCGUGCCUUUUCGGGCAGCCAUCUGCAAUGUUGGUACCGGGCAACUCAGCCGAGUGCUUGUCUGGUAAAAACUUGAAGAUUGGAGUGGUUUUGUCAGGAGGCCAAGCUCCUGGAGGACACAAUGUAAUCUCUGGGAUCUUCGAUUACUUGCAGGAUCGUUGCAAAGGAAGCACACUAUAUGGAUUCAGGGGUGGACCUGCUGGGAUCAUGAAAUGCAAAUAUGUGGAACUGAACUCGCAGUUUAUUUACCCAUAUAGAAAUCAGGGUGGCUUUGAUAUGAUCCGUAGUGGAAGAGACAAAAUUGAAACCCCAGAACAGUUUAAGCAAGCUGAAGAAACGGCAUUAAAACUUGAUUUGGAUGGGCUUGUUGUAAUUGGUGGGGACGACUCGAAUACAAAUGCUUGCCUCCUUGCCGAAAACUUUAGGAGUAAAAAAUUGAAAACUAAGGUGAUUGGAUGCCCUAAGACCAUUGAUGGGGACUUGAAAUGCAAAGAAGUUCCCACUAGUUUUGGAUUUGAUACUGCGUGCAAGAUAUAUGCAGAAAUGAUAGGAAAUGUCAUGAUAGAUGCUCGGUCAACUGGAAAAUAUUAUCAUUUUGUACGGCUUAUGGGACGUGCUGCUUCACACAUUACAUUAGAGUGUGCUUUACAAACUCAUCCCAACAUUACUCUUAUUGGAGAAGAGGUUGCUGACAAGAAGCUGACUUUGAAAAAUGUUACGGACUACAUUGCUGAUGUGAUUUGUAAACGAGCAGAACAUGGUUUUAACUAUGGCGUAAUACUCAUACCUGAAGGCCUUAUUGAUUUCAUUCCUGAGGUGCAGCAGCUUAUUUCAGAACUAAAUGAAAUUUUGGCACAUGAUAAUGUAGAUGAAGGCGGUCUUUGGAAAAAGAAACUUAAAGAUCAAUCUCUGCAGCUUUUUGAAUUAUUACCUCCAGCUAUUCAGGAACAGUUAAUGCUUGAGAGAGAUCCACAUGGAAAUGUGCAGGUUGCGAAAAUAGAAACAGAGAAAAUGCUUAUUCAAAUGGUUGAAACAGAGUUGGAGAAGAGGAAGCAGAAGGAUUCAUAUAAAGGCCAUUUCAAAGGGCAGUCCCAUUUUUUCGGGUAUGAAGGGCGGUGUGGUUUGCCAUCUAACUUUGACUCCACGUACUGUUAUGCAUUGGGUUAUGCUGCUGGAGCUCUCCUUAAUAGUGGAAAAACGGGGUUGAUAUCUUCGGUAGGGAAUUUGGCUGCUCCAGUUGAAGAAUGGACUGUAGGUGGAACUGCAUUGACUUCAUUAAUGGAUGUGGAGAGAAGACAUGGUAAAUUUAAGCCUGUUAUAAAGAAGGCAAUGGUAGAGCUUGAAGGUGCACCAUUCAAGAAAUUUGCAUCCUUGCGGGAAGAAUGGGCUCUUAAGAAUCGAUAUAUCAGUCCUGGCCCGAUUCAAUUUAUUGGCCCGGUAUCUGAUUCUCUGAGUCACACCUUACUGUUGGAACUAGGAGUUCAAGCUUAGGUGCUUAUAUUCAAUUUCAUGUGUUGUUUCCAAGAAGAUGAAAAAUAAGUUGCGCAUCCUUUGAAAUCAUUCAUCACCAUUUAUGACUGUUUCCUUCUUUCUUUUGUUAUCUAUGCUUCUGGUUAGAGUGCUAACAUUUUACUAUACCGGGUUAUGCUCCAUUUGGUGAACCCUCAAUCUUUCUCGCAUGUUGUUGAAGCACAAAUUUUGUAGCGUUGUCUUUUUCAUUUGGUUGCAUUUCUGUUUUGGUUCA